AUGUUUGCGCUCCUCGUCAUGGGACUCUACCCAUUGACAUUGGGUCAGUCACCACUCACCAAAGCGUGGAAUGAGGCAUUACCCGGUAUUCAACCGUUUUGGGAAAAAUACCAGACCGGACCGCACGGAGUGGUGAUCCGAGGAUGGCAAUUCAGUAGAUGCGCCAGCGAACAGUGGACAAACUACGUAGUGAACGUAUCGAAUAUCGUCAUCUGGCCUGACUAUCCUAGAUUCCCGGGUCCCAUUUUUUUCAACGUUACGAUGGACGUCGCAGAAGAAUUGCCCAGCGAUAAGAUCGAGAUGGACCUUGAGGUUCGUCAUGCAGUGACGAAUAAGCAAGGUUCAAAAGGAUGGCAAGUGAUACCAUGUCAGGGAUGGAAUAUCAUUGAUGGUUGUGAUGGUGUUGGAUCAUGUCGUUACUGCGACAUGUUGGAAAAGUGUAACGAAGCAGUGAAAGGAGCGCACAAGUUCAUCAAGGACGCCAAAGCUCACCAAUUCCUGCGGGAGAACAAGUUAUGUCCACCUCCGAAGGGACACUGGACGAUGACGUUCUCGAAGGUGUUCUCUUCGGAAGAUCUCCCCAAGUCAUUUUUCGGACCUCUGCAAUCUAACGAGUACUGGCUAACGUUCUCGUUUACCGACGGAAAGGACCGAAAACUCGGCUGUGCUCGGUUAUGGGUAGACGUGUGCAAAUAUCAUCUACAGGACAAAGCGCAGAAGUGUCUGCGGGAUCCGAAUGCGUUCAAGAACUUCAUCAACGAGAUUUCGUCGCAGGCUGAACAGAUUAGAAAUCGGGGAUAG